UGGGAUAUAAAGAAAAUGACUAAUUCAUUCAGUGACAAGAUCGGCCAAGGAGGUUUUGGUAGUGUAUAUAGAGGAAAGUUACCUGAUGGAUGCCCAAUAGCUGUGAAGCUAUUGACCAACACAAAGGGUAAUGGCGAAGAUUUCAUCAAUGAAGUUGCUAGCAUUAGUCGAACUUCCCACGUGAACAUAGUUACUCUUGUAGGGUUUUGUUAUAAGAAGAAAAGAGCUUUGGUCUAUGAAUUCAUGCCUAAUGGAUCAUUAGACAAGUACAUAGGCAACAAGAGCUCCCAAAAUAAAAGUUGUCAGUUGGAGUGGAAGACAUUGUACCAGAUUGCAAUUGGCAUUGCUCGAGGACUAGAAUAUCUGCACAGAGGGUGUAACACAAGAAUCAUGCACUUUGACAUUAAACCUAACAACAUUCUUUUGGACAAGGAUUUCACCCCCAAAAUCUCUGAUUUUGGCUUGGCAAAAUUGUGCAAGAAAAAGGAAAGCGUUGUAUCGCUAUCAGAGUGUGGUGUUAGAGGAACCGUAGGAUACAUUGCUCCAGAAGUUAUCAUCGGAAGCAUUGGAAAUGUCUCGCACAAGUCUGAUGUUUAUAGUUAUGGCAUGACAGUUAUUGACAUGGUGGGAAUAAGGGAGAACGAACACGCGGCUCAGACGAGUGACUUAUAUUUCCCGAAUUGGAUAUAUGAGCGUCUGGAGCAAAAAUUAGAUUUCAGUCUUGAAGGAAUCAUAGAUGAGGAGGACAAAGAAAUGGCAAUGAAGAUGAUGUUGGUUAGUUUGUGGUGCAUCCAGAUGAAUCCAGCAGACCGCCCUUCCAUAAGAAAAGUAGUCGAGAUGUUGGAGGGAAGCAUCGACUCCUUGCAGAUUCCACCAAAACCACAUUUCUGUCCUGCAACUGAUGAGUUUCCUCAGCAGUCCUCUACACCAUCAGUUACCACAGAAAUCUGA